AUGGUCGGCAAAUAUCAACAAAACAAACCUAUGAAAUAUGCCGCCAUAGGCAUCGUCGCCGUCUCUUUAGGCGUGUUCUACAUUCUCUCCCUUGUCGGCUGCAUCUCCACGUCUCCCGGCAUUCCCGACCUGUACCUCGUCAAGCUCGAGGACGUCAAGACCAAUGCCUCCGUCCGCGUAGGAUACUUCGGUAUGAAUCACAACCCCUGUCUCUGGGACUCUCUCCCUCUCCCAAGACAGUUAAAAGCUAACGAAUCUCCAACAACAGGACUCUGCGCCGGCUUCAACAGCAACCUGACCUGCCAGCCCUCCUACAUGGCCGACAACCGCACCCUGACCGACCCGUUCGCCGACCGCUCCCUCAAGGACUUCCUGCUGCUCGGCCGCCAGAUCCAGGAGAAGAUCAUCGUCUUCGUGCCCCUCUUCGUCGGCGCCCUGCUGCUGCUCUCGUCCAUCCUGUCGCUCAUCAUCUGGGACAUGGUCGCCGACAAGGGCUCGCCGACGGCGCGCAACGCCCGCGCCGCCGUGUCCUACCUGACGAGCUACUCGGUCGCCGGGGCCGUGGGCGCCGCGGCCUCGGUGACCAUGGCCAGCCGCGCGCUGCAGUUUGCGGGCACGUCGCUCGGCGCGGGCGGGGACGGGGGUGACAUCCGGGCCACGGGCGGGAUGGCGCUGCAGGUGCUGCAGUGGCUUGCUGUUGUGUUUACGCUGGGGUGGCAUCUUGUUGUUACGGUGCUGUGGGGGUGUACGCAGUGA